UUGUGCUUCGAUCCCCGAGUGGCGACCGUUCUGCACGACUGGCGCCUGGCGACUGGCGGCCACGAGUUGUUUAUCAACGACGGCUCCACGCGAUCAGCUGACUGGACACCCACCACAGCUGGCUGCCAGUGUGUGCGUGAGGAGGAGGCGGUGGUGGGGGGAGGAGGGGCUCACACAUACACACACACACACACUCAGUCUCCGACGAUAGUGGAGGAGGACCAUCAGGUCGAGGUCCAGGACCGGAGCUGGAUGUUAUGA